CGCCUCUCCUCCUCCGCCCCGCGCCCUGCGGUGCUGCAGCUGCGGGCGGCUCCAGCUGCCCCCAGAUGUGGGCUGGGCGGCGCGCGGGGAACUUUCGCGCCGGCUGCGAGUGCGGGGCCCCGGCUGCGGUCCGGCUGCCAUGGAUCCGCCGGCGGGAGCCGCUCGCCGCCUGCUCUGCCCCGCGCUGCUGCUGCUGCUCCUGCUGCCGCUCCUGCUGCCGCCGCUGCCCGCGGGCGCCGGGCUCGCCGCAGCCGCCGCCGGCCCCCCAGGUGGGCCCAAGGGGCACGGAGCGGAGCGCACCCUGGCGGUGCCGGUGCGCACUGACGCCCAGGGCCGCUUGGUGUCCCACGUGGUGUCGGCAGCGAAGGCCCAGGCUGGGGUACGGGCCCGCAGGGCCGCCCCUGUCCAGAUCCCGGGUUUCUCUGGAGGCAGCGAGGAGGACCCUGGCGGCCGCCUCUUCUACAAUGUCACGGUCUUCGGCCGAGACCUGCAUCUGCGGCUGCGGCCCAAUGCCCGCCUCGUGGCACCCGGGGCCACGGUGGAGUGGCAGGGAGAGUCGGGCGCCACACGCGUGGAGCCCCUGCUUGGGACCUGCCUCUAUGUCGGAGAAGUGGCCGGCCUGGCUGAAGCCUCUUCCGUGGCGCUCAGCAACUGCGACGGGCUGGCUGGCCUGAUCCGGAUGGAGGAGGAGGAGUUCUUUAUCGAGCCCCUGGAGAAGGGUCUGGCCGAGAAGGAGGCUGAGGAGGGCCGCGUGCAUGUGGUGUAUCGCCGGCCGCCCACCCCCAAACCCCCUCCUCUGGGGGGGCCACAGGCCCUGGACACAGGGCCUGCCCCCGGCAGCCUGGACAGCCUCAGCCGCGCCCUGGGCGUCCUGGAGGCGCACGUCAACAGCUCCAGGCGGAGGACACGCAGGCACGCAGCCGACGAUGACUACAACAUCGAGGUCCUGCUGGGGGUGGACGACUCUGUGGUCCAGUUCCACGGCAAGGAGCACGUGCAGAAAUACCUGCUCACCCUCAUGAACAUCGUCAAUGAAAUUUAUCACGACGAGUCCUUGGGGGCCCACAUCAACGUCGUCCUGGUCCGGAUCAUCCUGCUGAGCUACGGGAAGUCCAUGAGCCUCAUCGAAAUUGGGAACCCCUCUCAGAGUCUGGAGAACGUUUGCCGCUGGGCCUACCUGCAGCAGAAGCCGGACACUGGCCACGACGAGUACCACGAUCACGCCAUAUUCCUCACCCGGCAGGACUUCGGGCCUUCGGGCAUGCAAGGCUACGCUCCUGUCACGGGGAUGUGCCACCCUGUCCGCAGCUGCACCCUGAACCACGAGGACGGCUUCUCCUCGGCGUUCGUGGUAGCCCAUGAGACCGGCCACGUGCUGGGCAUGGAGCACGACGGGCAGGGCAACCGCUGCGGGGACGAGGUGCGGCUGGGCAGCAUCAUGGCGCCCCUGGUGCAGGCAGCCUUCCACCGCUUCCACUGGUCCCGCUGCAGCCAGCAGGAGCUGAGCCGCUACCUGCACUCCUAUGAUUGCCUGCGGGACGACCCCUUCACCCACGACUGGCCGGCGCUGCCCCAGCUCCCGGGUCUGCACUACUCCAUGAAUGAGCAGUGCCGCUUUGACUUCGGGCUUGGCUACAUGAUGUGCACCGCGUUCCGGACCUUUGACCCCUGCAAGCAGCUGUGGUGCAGCCACCCUGACAACCCCUACUUUUGCAAGACGAAGAAGGGGCCUCCCCUGGACGGGACCAUGUGUGCACCUGGCAAGCACUGCUUCAAAGGACACUGCAUCUGGCUGACACCUGACAUCCUCAAGCGAGACGGCAACUGGGGCGCCUGGAGUCCUUACGGCUCCUGCUCGCGUACCUGUGGCACAGGUGUGAAGUUCAGGACCCGUCAGUGCGACAACCCACACCCAGCCAAUGGGGGCCGCACCUGCUCAGGCCUUGCCUACGAUUUCCAGCUCUGCAACUCCCAGGACUGCCCUGACGCCCUGGCCGACUUCCGCGAGGAGCAGUGCCGACAGUGGGACCUGUACUUCGAGCAUGGCGACGCCCAGCACCACUGGCUGCCCCACGAGCACCGGGAUGCCAAGGAGAGAUGCCACCUCUACUGUGAGUCCAAGGAGACCGGCGAGGUGGUGUCCAUGAAGCGCAUGGUGCACGAUGGGACGCGCUGUUCCUACAAGGACGCCUUCAGCCUCUGCGUGCGCGGGGACUGCAGGAAGGUGGGCUGUGACGGGGUGAUCGGCUCCAGCAAGCAGGAGGACAAGUGCGGUGUGUGCGGAGGGGACAACUCCCACUGCAAGGUGGUCAAGGGCACAUUCACACGCUCGCCCAAGAAGCUCGGUUACAUCAAGAUGUUUGAGAUCCCGGCAGGAGCCAGACACCUGCUUAUCCAGGAGGCCGACACCACCAGCCACCACCUGGCCGUCAAGAACCUGGAGACAGGCAAGUUCAUUUUAAAUGAAGAGAAUGACGUGGACCCCAACUCCAAGUCGUUCAUCGCCAUGGGUGUGGAGUGGGAGUACCGGGAUGAGGACGGCCGGGAGACGCUGCAGACCAUGGGCCCCCUCCACGGGACCAUCACCGUCCUGGUCAUCCCCCAGGGCGACGCCCGCAUCUCGCUGACCUACAAAUACAUGAUCCACGAGGACUCGCUCAAUGUGGACGACAACAACGUCCUGGAGGACGACUCCGUGGGCUACGAGUGGGCCCUGAAGAAGUGGUCUCCCUGCUCCAAGCCCUGCGGUGGAGGGUCCCAGUUCACCAAGUAUGGCUGCCGCCGGAGGCUGGACCACAAGAUGGUGCACCGAAGCUUCUGCGACUCCCUCUCGAAGCCCAAAGCCAUCCGCCGGGCUUGCAACCCACAGGAGUGCUCCCAGCCCGUGUGGGUCACAGGCGAGUGGGAGCCAUGCAGUCAGAGCUGUGGGCGGACGGGCAUGCAGUCUCGCUCCGUGCGCUGCGUUCAGCCUCUGCACAACAACACCACCCGCUCCGUUCACACCAAGCACUGCAAUGACGCCCGACCUGAGGGCCGCCGGGCCUGCAACCGCGAGCUCUGCCCCGGUCGGUGGCGCGCUGGACCCUGGUCCCAGUGCUCGGUAACCUGCGGCAACGGCACCCAGGAACGGCCCGUGCUCUGCCGAACCGCGGACGACAGCUUCGGGGUCUGCCGGGAGGAGCGGCCUGAGACAGCAAGGAUCUGCAGGCUUGGCCCCUGUCCCCGAAACAUCUCCGAUCCCUCCAAGAAGGGCUACGUGGUUCAGUGGCUGUCCCGACCGGACCCCAACUCUCCAGUCCAGAAGACCUCGUCAAAGGGCCGCUGCCAAGGUGACAAGUCAAUGUUCUGUAGGAUGGAGGUCUUGUCUCGCUACUGCUCCAUCCCAGGCUAUAAUAAGCUGUGCUGCAAGUCCUGUAACCUGCACGACAACCUCACCAACGUGGACGACGCGGCAGAGCCACCCUCCGGGAAGCACAAUGACAUAGAAGAGCUCAUGCCCACCCUCCCAGUGCCCACUCUAGUCAUGGAGGUGCAGCCUCCGCCAGCCACACCCUUGGAGGUGCCUCUCAACACCUCCAGCACCAACGCCACCGAGGACCAUCCGGAAACCAACGCCGUGGAUGUGCCCUACAAAAUCCAUGGCCUGGAGGAUGAAGUCCAGCCACCCAACCUGAUCCCUCGACGACCGAGCCCGUAUGAAAAGACCAGAAACCAAAGGAUCCAAGAGCUCAUUGAUGAGAUGAGGAAGAAAGAGGUGCUCGGGAAGUUCUAAUAAAAUGGAAAGAUAGCAUCAAUAGCAUUUUUUUUUCUUGCUUAUAGAGAUAUUCCAUGGGAUGGCAACUCCUGUGUUGUGGAGAUGAAGUCAGAUUCCUGAUUCCAAAAGGUUUUGAGAAAACAAAGAGGGAGAAUAAUACACACACACACACACACACACACACAUAUAUGGUUGUAAGCAUGUGGCAAUUAGGUUAGUACAUGUGUUUCCUAGCCCUGGAAUGUUCUAAGUCCUGUACUGGGGUCAGGUGUGGGGUGGAGAGGAAUAGAGGUUCUACAACCCCCAUCAAGAAGGGAAGGCAGGAGGGGUACCUCAGAGAGAGAAAAUGUUUGCCCCAAGUUUCUGAGCAGUGAUUGGGGAUCUUCUUUUCCUUGUGGUGACAACCCUGCUGGAGACACAGCACAUUUCUUACCCAUCUCCAGACCGAGGCACAAGCCCCAUGGGACUCCUAGGAGAAAUGAUGAUUUAUUUACCAAGUGACCAGUCACUAAGAUGAGUGCAGUGAAGUGGAGGCUGUGAACUCCAGUCUUCAAGGUGGUGGGGCAGGUGGUGAGGAUGUGUGGUGGCCAGCGGGCACGCCACGGCUCUCCCAGGCCUCUCUUUUCUCCACUAACUCCAGCCUUGUUUGUUCACCUCUGGCCAGCCUGGCCUCAGGGCUCGGGGCUCCCCAGAGAGGCACUGCCCUUCCCCAAGUGCACUGGAAGGAUGAGGGAGGCAUGUACUCUGCUGGAAAGUCCAGUGAGUGGUCAAGGCUCACAUUUUUGUGUGUGAGGGCAUGUUAGCUUAAACUUCCCCAAAUUACAAGACCCAAGCACAAUAGCUCCUUAGCUGGGCCUAGCCUGACAUGUAAUUCUUAAGCUUUUCAUGUCCAGGAACGUUCUAAAGCCUUUAUAUUCUCACCAGUCAUAGAUCUUAGAGAAUUCUUUCUUGUUUCAUUCCCAUUCUGUGGAUGAGAAUACUGAGGCUCAGGAUAAUACCAUAAUGGUUAUUUUUUAUUGAGUUUCGAGGUGCUAAAUACUUUUAUCUGAACCUCUGUGUGUGCCUGUGUGUGUGUGUGUGUGUGUGUGUGUGUGUGUGUGUGUGUGUGUGUGUGUGUGUGUGUCUGGUCUGGUCUAGGGGUCAGAGUAAGGGUGUAGGAAACAGUGAGGGGACAUCUGGGAUGAUGCUUAACCUUUCAAAUGGGUGAGAACUCGCCUCCCCGUAUCCCCAGCGCAGUCUGCCUCCCUCCCCUCUGCCACCACGUUCCACACUUGCUCAUACCUGUCCCCAUGUCUCAAAGGAGCUUGCCGGCUCCUAAGAACCAAACUGGAGGAAGCUUUUCUGAAUAUCUCUCAUAGCAUCACUUCUUCAACAAGGUGUAGCAUGAAGCACUUCUGCAACUCUGUCUCUUUAUCGUUAGGAAAUAGAUCCACGGCUUUCCCUCGCUGGUGGCAGCUGGUGCUACUCACGGACUGAAGGACUGGGUGGUGCUUGCUUGGGUCUGCGCUAGAAUGUCGAGGAAGCUCUGGACUAACCCUAGCCAGAAUGUUGCUCAGUAUAUCCAGCUUGGGGGCCACAGGACAGGAACACUUCCUUCUCAGAUCCCAGAAAAGCAGGGGAUGUGUGUCUUGGGGGCUGGAAGACUUCGGGGAUGGGCCUCAGGUGGGACACUCCCGGGGGGAUCUGUCUUCUGUUGCAGGAAGAAAGACGCCCUCUGGGAACUGUAGGCCAGUUGGCCAUGGCCCCACAUGCCAUAUUCAGUGCACUGGGCCAGAGAGCCACGAGUUCUCUAGACUAGGUGGUCCUCAGCGAUCUCUCUAAGAAGGCAGUGUUCCCCUGCUCUGAAACACUGCCAUUCUCCACUGAGUUUGAGACCCUUGGAGAGCUGGCUUAGCAAUAGUCCUGAGCUUCCAGAGCUGGCUGAGAGGCUCCUGCAGCCUGGGGGAGGCAAAAGAUGUCUUCGAGCCAAGGUUUUCUAACACCAGGUUGAGACUCAGAGGUCCCCUUUGUCUGCUGCUCUGAAAAGUCAGCUGAGGGGCCUGAGAGUCACUUCAUGUUCGUAGGAAGACUUGUGCUAGAGUUUUGGGACCUGGCUCUCUGAUCUACUCCUUUUGGAAAACCCAUGGAAUUUCAUGUAUAAGCCUUUCAUGUGUACUUUAAGGUUCUGUGUUUGUGUGUGUGUUUGUUUGUCUGGAGUAUAUCAAUGGUGCUCAAUAGGGAAGUCUUUAUCAGAUGAAGCAUGACGACUCUGUACUCCUGUCUGCCAGGCAGCUGCCACAUGGGUCAUUCUGGUGCUGAACUCACAUCACAACAUUUUAUCUUACUGAUGAUGCCAUCAAUACCUUUGUUCUUCUGUAUAGUAAAACUUGGCUCCUUGGUUUUAUAAAUUAUUAAAGUCAAAAUGUCUGUGUUUUUGCA